UUUUAUUGUUUAUUUUCUUCCCAAAAAAGUGUAAACUUGUUAGAUUCUCGUAUGCUUUUGUAUUCUCGAUAUUAAUCCCGCGAGCAUGAUCAAAGGUGAUGUUUUGUAGGAAAGCAAUUCAUGGUCAAUUAAUUUAUUAAUUUUCAUAGGUAAGUAUAUAUGUAUGUGGUUAGUCACUAGGAACCAAACUUUAUGAUACUUGGGAUGUCUAUGUUCAUUUGGCGGACGCAUCCUUUUACUAAGAUUUUAAAACAUCCGUCCUUUCGUUUGCAUCCUCAUGUUUUCUUUUUGAGAAGUAAGUCUACUUUCCAGAGACCUAGUGUACAUGAUUAUUUAUAUGGUGAUCAUCCGGUAAGGAAUGCUCUUCAAGCCGGAAAACGAAGCUUCGAAUGUCUGUUUGCCCAAUCUUCAAAGCAACUAAACGAAUACCAAACGCUUCUGAAUUUAUUAAAGUUGAAUAUUCCUUGUCGCCUUACCGGAAAACACGAACUAAAUGAAUUGACGAAUUCACGUCCUCACAAUGGCAUCGUUUUAAAGGCUUCACCCUUGGAACCUCCAGUCAUAUCUGAGAUCGACCAUGUAGCACAAGGACAUCUCAGUCCAUCUACAAAAGGAGACGUUUCUUCUUCCGAAGGAACCUCAAAAACAUCUCCUCCUUUGUAUAUUUAUUGUGAUGGUAUAUCAGACCCACAAAACUUGGGUGCCAUUAUUCGAAGUUCUUACUUUUUAGGUGUUCAUGGGAUCCUUCUGUCAAAAAAACACAACUCUGUUCUAUCACCGGUCGUUAGUAAGGCAUCUGCUGGUGCGCUGGAAUUGAUGAAUAUCUACCGGAUUCAGAAUCCCAUUCAGUUUUUAAAAGACUGCAGCUUAAAAGAUUGGAAAGUAUUCGCUACUGCACCGAUGGGAAGCAUGUCAAAUGAAAAUCAAACUUCACUGCUUACUAUGCCUGAGAGUCUGGCGGUGAAGCCAAAGAUCGUUGUCUUUGGAGGAGAGCACGGUUUGAGGACAAAUAUGAUUAGACAGUGCGAAUACAUUUUGACACUACCUCAUGGAGAUCGAUUUGUAGACUCAUUGAAUGUUUCCGUCGCUGCAGGAAUCAUAUUACAUUCGAUGAAAGAUUAUUCUUUAAAAAUUACAAGCAACAGUCAAUCUAAACUUUAGCAGACAUUGGGAUCAAGCCUGGAAAGAAGAAAAUAAUAGACGAAGAUAAUAAGAUUAUGUAAAUAAGAUAAAAUAUACUAUAUGCAAAGACCAAGUGUUUAAUCCAUUAUGUUUAGUUCA